AUGACGGUCAAUUUAUCAAUUAGAUCAGCUGCAGAAUUCAAGACAAUGCUUAAGUUGUUCUGGCAACCCGAGAGGCAUCUCCUCGACCUCAAUUCCUUGAGAAAAUUGAAUUUUUUUUUUUUUUUUUCACUUUCCAAACAUGGAAAUCGGAAAUACGAAACAAAGCAAUUCUCUGCCUGGGGCUACAAAUGGAAACUCAUAAUCUAUCCUAAUGGAAAUGAUGAAGAAGAUGUUUCUGACUAUAUUUCGGUGUACUUAGCCAUGGCUGAGACUGACAAAAGGUGGGGUUUUGAGGUCAAUGUAAUGUUUAGCAUCCUACUUUAUAAUCAUAAAUUGAACCGUUACGCUUAUUCUCCAGGAAGGGUGUGCCGUUUCCAUGAAAGAAACACUGAAUCUGGAUAUUCCAAAUUCAUAUCUUUGGAAUAUUUUAAGAAACGAUGUAAAGGAUAUCUUGUUGAUGACCGUUGUGUGUUUGGAGCUGAUGUGUUUGUUCUAAACCCCCGACGAGUUAUUGAGCUUGAGUCUGUGAUAGAAGAACCAAAUAUGGGAAAACAUAUAAUUUGGAAGAGUUCAGAAUUAUCAAGGAUGCGAAGUUGUCAUAAAUCUGAAGUCUUCAAUGCUGGAGAGUAAAAUUUUAUCGAACUCGGGAUAUUGAUGAUUAAGAAAAGGGACAAAGUCUGUCUAUCUUUCUUCAUUGUGUUAGACUUUUAUGAUUUUGUCUAUGCUGCGAAGGCUAAGUUUUCUGUUAAGAUUAUAAAUCAGCCCAAUAAGAAGUGCAUCUGUAAAGAAGGAAUCCAUUCGUUUGAUUUUUCGAAUAGGGUCGCUGGAUGGAGCAAAUUUUGUCCAUUUGAAGAUAAGAAUAAGCCUAGAAAAGAUUUUGUUGUUGACGACAACUGUAUUUUGGAAACACAGGUCUCGGUGCUAAUCGCCAGUUAUUAGUAACUUGAAGAGAAUGAAGAACAAGAGGAUGAGGAAGAUGAAGAAUAAAAAUGCCCUUGAACAUUCUUAUUGUUGAAUUGAUGCCUGAG